AUGUUUGAAGCUGCCAAGAAGGACCAGCGGCGCCUCGUAGAGCUCUAUCUUUCCCAUGUCAGCGUGGAUCUACAAAACGCCGAUGGCUUGACCGCUUUGCACUGCGCCGCUGGCCGGGGAUGUUAUGAUCUUGCGAAAUUUCUCUUGGAGGUGCAUGGAGCCAACACUGAGAUUCGUCGUAAUCCUGGUGGCUUCAGGCCCAUUGAACUCGCUACUUUUUUCGGUAAUACGGGAGUAGUCAACAUACUUCUUGAAGAUGGCCGAGUUGAUCCUAAUGAGCGCAACGGCAUGGACGAAACCCCCUUGGGAUUGGCUGCGAACCGGUGCAACCUGGAAAUCGUUCGUCUGUUUCUUGACGAUGACCGAGUGGACCCGAAUGGACAACACAUCAACAGCAUGACUCCAUUAUUGGUGGCCAGCUCCUCAUUCGGAAUAAAGAGCGUACACGUCAUUAACAUGUUAUUGGAGGACUCAAGGGUCGAUGUUCACGCACAAGAUGACGACGGAUGUACCGCUUGCGUGCUGGCCGCGAAACAUGGUAUCCUCCGUAACGUCAAGGCAUUACUUCGGAGUCCCCAUAUUGACCCAAACCAGGGGGAUAACAACCAGAAAACGCCCGCCAUGUAUGCCGCCGCCGGCUAUAUAAGACAGACAGAAGCAACUCCCAACUAUCUUAAAAGGAACAAGCAUCUCGUGCUGAAGGCUCUCAUUCUAGAUGAGAGAGUGGACCUGAACAAAGUAGACGAUAACGGACACACGGCGAUGCACUGGGCCUUGAGGAAGUCCAGACAAGAAAAUGUCCAGCUGCUUGCGGACUCGGGCCGAGUCAACUUGAACCAGGACUGCGGCCCUGGGCGCCGCACGCCGGCGGAAGCCUGUAUUCUGAAGCAUAACUCGUGUACUCAGCUGCUGCUCGAUUCUGGUUGCCUAGACCUUUCCGAGACGAAUUCACAAGGCGAAACCCCGCUGAUGUUUGCCGUCCGGAAAGCUGGGAGCGACAACUGGGAUAUUGAGAGGAGUGUAUGGCUGAUUCUAGAGAAGCAACGAUGCGGCCGGCUGGACCUUAGAUACGACAAUGGGCUUACACUACUCGAACAGGCGGUUCAAGCGGGCUCGCAAAGAAUCGUAUGCAUGUUGCUCUUCACUGGCAAGGGGACUGUGACGCCGAGAGCGAAAAUUUUUUGUUCGGAUGAAGUUAUCAGGGAGAUGCUGGACCAUCACCGCGGUAAACCAUCCAGGUGGUGGACAUCUCGGACGGUGUGGAAGUGGCUUGGAUUAU